GGUUUUCUCCAUCGUUAAAUCCAAAAACCCUAAUUCUUACAUUUCUUCCCCUAAAUCCCUACCGCCUCUUCUCUUUGUCGACUCUCCGAACCUCUUUCUUCUUCUUCUUCUCCACGCGCCGACCACCCCCGUCGUCUCUCUUGCUACACCGGAGCUUCUCUCUUUAACGCUGCCAUGGCUGAAGAAGCAGGAAUGUUCAUGGUUAACCAAACAAUCGGCAGCGUGCUAUGUUGCAAGUGUGGUAUUCCAAUGACACCAAACGCUGCCAAUAUGUGCGUGAAAUGUUUGCGUUCUGAAGUUGAUAUCACAGAAGGUUUGCAAAAACAUGUUAUCAUAAUCCAUUGUCCAGAGUGUGAUACCUACUUGCAGCCACCGAGAACAUGGAUUAAGGCCCAACUUGAAUCAAAGGAGCUCUUAACCUUUUGUGUUAAGAGAUUGAAGAAUUUAAAUAAAGUGAGAUUGAUUCAUGCUGAGUUCAUCUGGACUGAGCCACAUUCCAAAAGGAUCAAGGUCAAGCUGAAAGUACAGAAAGAGGUUCUUAAUGGAGCUGUGCUUGAGCAGUCUUAUGUUGUCGAGUUUGUUCAGCAAGAACACAUGUGUGAAUCUUGUACGAGGGUUCAGGCCAAUCCUGACCAGUGGAUAGCAGCCGUUCAAUUGCGCCAACACGUUACUCAUAGACGCACCUUCUUUUACUUGGAGCAGAUGAUUUUGAAGCAUGGCGCUGCUGCCACAGCUAUAAAGAUAAAACAGAUGGAUCAAGGGAUUGACUUCUUUUUCUCUAACCGGAGCCAUGGUGUGAAAUUUGUCGAGUUCAUUGGAAAAGUUGCACCGGUGAGGAGUCGACAUGACAAACAGCUUGUCUCUCAUGAUAUUAAGAGUAAUAACUACAAUUACAAGUAUACUUUUUCUGUCGAAAUAUCUCCUGUAUGCCGUGAGGAUUUGAUUUGUCUGCCUCCCAAAGUAGCUGUGAGCCUUGGGAAUCUCGGUCCUUUGGUGAUCUGCACAAAAGUGACUAACAGCAUUGCCUUACUUGACCCGCUCACCCUUAGGCACUGUUUUCUGGAUGCCGAUCAAUAUUGGAGGUCAUCUUUCAAAUCCCUACUUACUAGUAGGCAGCUUGUGGAGUACAUUGUUCUAGAUGUCGAGAUUGUUAAACCUGAAGUUAGUCUUGGUGGAUACACGCUAGCUGAUGCUCAAGUUGCCCGGCUGUCCGAUUUUGGCAGGAAUGAUACUAUUUUCAACAUAAGAACACAUCUUGGCAAUCUUCUAAACCCUGGAGAUCAGGCUCUCGGUUUUGAUUUGUAUGCAGCUAAUAGCAAUGACAUGGAGUUGGAUAAGUACAGGGGUCUAGUCCUUCCUGAUGCCAUAUUAGUAAAGAAGAGCUACGAAGAGAAACGCCAGAGGAAGCGCGGGAAGCCCCGUUCAUGGAAGCUUAAGUCACUCAACAUGGAGGUUGAUGAUAGAGUUAAUAAAGGCGAUCAAGAGAAGAUGAACUCAGAGUAUGAACAGUUCUUGAAAGAUUUGGAGGAAAAUCCUGAUAUGAGGUUCAAUAUUUCUUUGUACCGUAACAAAGAAUACCAGCCAUCAGAGAUUGCAUCCACAGUCGAUGGAGAAGAUUUGCCAUCUAUUCCAUUGGAUGAAAUGCUAGCUGACCUUGAUCUCAGCGAAGAUGAAGAUGGAGACAGUAACAUGAUCGAGUGAUUUUUGCAUACUUAAAGGGAAACAAAAACUGAAUAUAAGCUUAUUUUGAUAAGUAGAAAGCUAUUGAUUUUGUUUGUUUUCCAUUUUUUCUUAAUUUACUGCUGUUAUUGUUAUCGUUAUGUUUGUUUAUCAAAAUUUCUAUAGAAAACAUAAGCAAGUUUCAUACUUGCUUCUUUUUGCA